AUGUCAGGACCAAACCCAGAAUUCAAACCGCUUCACAAAAUUUGCGAAUUUCUCAAUGCACUACACAUCUAUACCGAUUCAGCAAGAGAGAAUGUGACUAGGUAUAUCGAGGCAACGCACUAUUGCUCUCAUGUCAACGAGAACCUGAGGCAAUGUUUGAUAUAUGAUUCGCCUAAGAAAGAGGCUCGUCUCAUCGGUGUCGAGUACAUGAUUCCGAAGCAUGUCUUCCUAACCCUACCAGAUGAGGAGAAGAAGCUCUGGCAUUCGCACGACUUUGAGGUGAAGUCAGGCAUGUUGAUAUUACCGAAGCCAGAGGCUGCGGAUCCCCAUGAGUGGGAGAAAGCGGAGAAAGAUGCUAUGAAAGAAAUAGUGGGCUUAUAUGGCAAGACAUGGCAUUUUUGGCAAGUGGAUCGUGGAGAUUCGCUUCCUCUCGGGUAUCCAACUCUUAUGGGUUCCCUGACAGAUUCAACGCAAAUCGAUUUGGACUCAGUGCUUGCAAAACGCGAUGUUCGAUUUGAUGUUAAUCAUCGGACAAAGGCCAAAAAUAGGGGUGACAUUGAACCCCACGAUGUUCACCCACUAGCAGACAGCUGGUGGGGCAAAGCAGUGGGAAAAUAG